AUGGCAAAACAUAACUUCAGCCUUCUGAUUGCUCUGGUGCUGUCACUGAUUGUCUUCAUCGUCACUCUAGUCUUUAAUGCUCUGGCAGGACCGGGAAUAUAUCCAUUUUUGAGGAGCACCGCUAACAUUUCCGAUGAGUUUGUGACCCAGAUCACACCCUCAGGAUGGACCUUUGCCAUUUGGUCAAUCAUUUACAUCUUCCUGGCUUUAGUGGUGGUUUACAUCUUAUCUGGCAUCUGUAGGAAGAAUGCCUACGGUUACGUCUACUGCAGCCCUGCUGUUUUGCCACAUGGGUUUUUCGUUAUUUGGUGUUUGAAUAUGGGCUUGAACACAGGGUGGUUGUUCCUGUGGGACAGAAGUAUGAUGACCGCUGCUCUGGUCGUCCUCAUCCUCAUCGCCUUGACCAACUACCUGGUGAUAUUCUUCUCCUGCUACGGCCUCAACAACUAUGGAGCCUGGCUCAGCAAGUACCACAACGUCGACCUGUGGCUCCACCGUGUGUUGAUUCAAAACGGUGUGGCCAUAUAUGCAACUUGGACAACCAUCGCAUCCAUGAUCAACCUGGCUGUGGUGCUGAACUAUAAUGUAAACAUGUCCCAGACGGAUGCUUCCACUGCGUCCCUCUCCGUUUUGACUGUGGUGUUAUUUGUGUGGUUUAUCCUGGAAAACUCUGUCCUGGACAAACAUGUGAGGUUCAUUCUCACCAUUUACCCUGUGGUGAUAUGGGCGCUGACCGGCGUGUUCAUGGCAAACUACAACGCUGAAGAUCCAACUCGCAAUAAUAUCUUCAUUGUCUCCCUGUUGGCCAUCGCGUGCGCCUUCUUUGUCACACGGGUGGGUUUGUUCGUCUGGAGGCAAAUCAAAAGUCCACUUUACAAAGAUGUCAACCCUGAGGCCAUGUGUCCGAUGGAGAUCGCUGGGAAGCAGAAAACGAUUUUUAAGUGA